CACAAUCCUCAACAACGUAACCAAAACACAAAAAAGUAAAAUAACAAGAUGAUGCAUUUUCAAACCUUGUUCAUCUUCUCCCUUCUCUUCAUCUCCUCCUCUCAAGCGGCGGUCCUCGAUUUUUGUGUUGGUGACUUGUCCUUACCAGACGGUCCCUGUGGCUACUCUUGCAAGAAACCUUCGAAAGUAACUUGCGAUGACUUUGUUUUCUCUGGGUUAGCUACUCCAGUAAAGCUAAACCCUCUGAUUAAAGCGGCGGUGACUCCUGCUUUUGCUCCUCAAUUUCCCGGACUGAAUGGGCUUGGUAUAUCAAUGGCUAGGCUUGAUUUGGCUAUAGGUGGUGUUAUCCCAAUGCACACACACCCCGGAGCAUCGGAGGUGCUUUAUGUUGUCCAAGGAGAAAUAUGCGCUGGAUUUAUUUCUUCCUCAGACAACAAAGUAUUCUUCAAGAAGCUUAAACAAGGAGACAUUAUGGUAUUUCCACAAGGGUUAUUACAUUUCCAGAUUAAUUCAGGGAAGACUUCAUCUUUGGCUAUUGUUUCCUUUAGUAGCCCAACACCAGGUCUUCAAAUUACGGACUUUGCACUAUUUGCUAAUGAUUUGCCUACUGAACUUGUCGCCGCCACAACGUUCCUUGAUGCUGCUACAAUCAAGAAGUUGAAGGCUGUUCUUGGUGGCACCAAUUAAUUAUUUUAAUUUGUAUGCUUUCUGAAUUCGAAUAAUUGUUGAUUAUUGGGUCUUUUCUUUAGUUUUUUUUUUAUUUUAGUUGUUUAUUCAUGGAUUUGAUGUCUUGUUCGAGUGUCAAUUUUCAGAGUUGAAUUUUAUCAUGUCCUUUUUGUCA